AUGUCGCCCUACGCUUCUCAGAUGGCGACCAUACUGUCCAAAGCAGAAGAUAUGGGUCGCAAUGGUGUAGAUAUUGUGGAAAUCCACACGAAGUAUCUUGCGCGAUAUCAUGAUAUUACAGAUCAGCCUGCUAGGGACUGGCUGAGCGAAUUGUCUACUUGGACAUCUCUGUUUCCAGGCGAAUCCUUCCAAGGCGUAUGUCCCCACGAACAGCUGGACCCUGAAACUGCUCGCAUUGCCUUGCAAUCACUACAAGUCAUAUUGGACGAUCGAGAUAGAACAAUUGAAGAUUACAUCAAACAAGUGGAUAUCUGGCAAGAAGAAGAAAAUGAGCUAAAGAAGCUUGGAGAGGCAAGCAAGAAGGUCAUUGACACGUCGGCUCGGAGUGAUACGAUGAUUCCAUUGUUGGAUCAACUGCUGGGUGAAGUUCAGUCUAUGAAACUCGGCGACGAUUUCAUGGAUAAGGACCGGUUGAAUGGCUUUGAAGACACUUUGGGCGAGAUCAAAUGA